AUCAGUAUUCCACGUAUAAUAACGAAAACAUUGUAACAGAUCGAAGAAGCGGACGAUGUUUAGAAAUAAUUAUGAUAACGAUUCAGUCACAUACUCACCUACUGGUAGAUUAUUCCAAGUGGAGUAUGCUUUAGAGGCCAUCAAACAAGGUAGUGCCGCUGUUGGGCUUGUGUCGAAGAAAGAUGUUGUUUUGGUUGCAUUGAAAAGAAAUGCCGAAGAAUUGGGAUCAUAUCAAAAGAAACUUAUUAAGGUUGAUGAUCAUAUGGGGAUUGCAUUAGCAGGUUUGGCCCCAGAUGCUAGAGUUUUAUCUAAUUUUUUAAGAAAACAAGCUAUGAACUCCAAAAUGAUUUUCAAUAGACCAUUGCUGACCUCUAAAGCAGUGUAUUCUAUUGCCGAUAAAGCGCAAGAAAAUACACAAUCCUAUGGUUCCAGACCUUAUGGGGUUGGUCUUUUGGUUGCAGGUUAUGAUGAAUCUGGUGCUCAUUUAUAUGAAUUUCAACCAUCUGGUUCUGUAUUGGAAUACUUUGGUGCUGCAAUUGGUGCCAGAUCACAAGCAGCAAGAACAUAUUUGGAAAGAAAUUUAGAAACUAUUCGUGAAACUGAAUCCCCAGAAGAAUUGAUUGUUCAUGGUUUAAAUGCUUUAAGAGAUACUUUACCUCAAGAUGUUGAAUUGACUUAUAGAAAUACUUCUGUUAGUAUUGUUGGGAAGGAAACUAAAUACACCAUAUACGAUGACGAAGACGUCCAACAAUGGUUAGAUAAAUUAGACUCAGUUUCCAAUGCUAGAAAUAGAGAUGACGACGACGACGACGAAAAUGCUGAUAACGAGCAACAAGAUAACCAGCAAGAUCAACAACAAGAAGGUGGAGACUCCAAUAAUAAUGAAGAUAGAAUGGAAACUGAUGAAUAA